AUGGAUAAAAUCAAAGAUUUGAGUCUGGGAGAGGCAAGGAUGCGAUCUGAGUUAUUUGAAGUGGAAGGUGUUGCCGUCACACAACCAAUUGCCAGCAUUUGGGACCAAGUGUGGAAGUUCAAAGCCAGGCCUGACGAUGUGCUCAUCGCAACCUAUGCAAAGGCAGGUACCACAUGGACACAGGAGAUAGUGGAUAUGGUACAACACAAUGGAGAUACUGAGAAGUGCAAACGUGAGACUACUUACAAACGCCACCCUUUCCUCGAGUGGUUUAUUGCAGAGCCUCCAUCGAUGCGUUACUCAGGCGUAGAGUUAGCUGAAGCCAUGCCAUCUCCACGAACAAUAAAAACUCAUCUGCCUGUGCAGCUGCUGCCUCCAUCCUUCUGGGAACAAAACUGUAAGAUAAUCUACGUGGCAAGAAAUGCAAAAGACAACCUGGUGUCAUACUACCAUUUCCACAGAAUGAACAAAGCAUUGCCUGAUCCAGGAACCUGGGAAGAAUUUGUAGAGAAAUUCAUGGCUGGAAAAGUCCUCUGGGGUUCCUGGUAUGACCACGUAAAAGGAUGGUGGAAGGCAAAAGAUAAGCACCGUAUUCUCUAUCUCUUCUAUGAAGAUAUGAAGGAGAACCCAAAGCGAGAAAUUCAGAAGAUUGCAAAGUUCCUGGAGAAGGAUCUGAGUCAGGAGGUUCUAAACAAAAUAGCCCAUAAUACCUCAUUUGAGGUAAUGAAGGAAAACCCCAUGGCAAACUACACUAAAGACUUUCAAGGAAUAAUGGAUCACUCAGUUUCCCCAUUCAUGAGAAAAGGGACUGUUGCAGACUGGAAGAAUUAUUUCACUGUGGCACAGAACGAGAAAUUUGAUGAAGACUAUAAGAAGAAAAUGUCUGAUACCUCUCUUGUUUUUCGUGCAGAAUUGUAA